AUGGCUCCCCUAGGAGACUUCGGACCUGCCCCAGGGGGUAUUCACCUACAAGACAGUCAAACCACCAGCGUUGUCGCUUGGGCAGUCUCCAUGGGCGUCUUGGGUACUCUAGCUGUGGCAACUCGCAUUGCUGCGCGGCUCAUCAGAUCAGGCGCAGGUCUUGCGGUCGACGAUUUCUUCAUUGUGGCGGCUUUGGUCUUUGCCCUAGCUACAGUGGCUCUCUGUCUCACCAGCAUCCCUUUCGGAGGCGGAAAACACCUCUGGUCCCUAACAUUCGACGAUUUCAACAAGCUGUGGCAAACAACCUAUGCUUUCGUGCUGAUAUACGCCACCUGUGUUUCGCUCACCAAGGCCUCCAUUCUUUUGUUUUACCGAAGAAUAUUUGGGGCUAGCUGGGCAUACAAGAUCUGUAUGGGUCUUGUCGGCGGGUACUGGAUCUCAAUCGCCAUCGCUUGGCUGUCAGGCUGUCGUCCAGCAUCCUACUUCUGGAAGCAGUUCACCGAUCCUACAGCUAAGGGAUACUGCAUGGACACUUCGUUAUUCUAUUUCGUGAAUGGCAUAUGUGCCAUGCUGAUAGACGUAUGCAUCCUGCUUGUGCCAAUGCCUACAAUUUACAAGUUGCAGAUGCCCCCGGGUCAGAAGCUAAUUGUUUGUGGGAUUCUCCUGCUCGGGUCGUUCGUCUGCGUUGCCAGCAUGGUCCGCAUUGUCAUGAUGAACCGCCUUGUCAAAGCCCAGGAUUUCACCUGGGCCAUGGCGCAGGUCUUCAUCUGGUCUUGCUGCGAACCUUUCAUCGGUAUUCUCUGCGCUUGUCUUCCGACAUAUGCUCCUCUCCUGCAGCGAUGGUGGAAGACUGAUGGCGCGUCCCGAAAGAAAACGAGUGGACUGACGCAGAACAGCUCCGGGUCCUAUGACACACCAAGAAGAACCUGGGGUCGCCUCCACGAGAGUGAUAGCAAAAUUCGGAAUGAUGACGAGGUAGAGCUUACCACCGACAUCAGGGCAGGAGUUGGGUCCAAUAUGGGCUCCGUCGUCGUCGGCGAUGAUGAUCCUGUCCUUGUACAGGGUCCCAUCGCUUUCGCCGCGUCCGUGCAAAUCCCGGAACACACAGCCCAGCAACUCGCACGAGAGGAAAAGCUCGAGGAGAUAGUCUCCAAAAAAGUGGACUGGAGGGACUUCUCCGACGCAAUCAGUCUCUUCGAUCUGAACUCCCAGAAGACUCGCAGACUCUUCGAUGACAGGUCCAAAGACUAUAACGCAAUCACCGAGCUGCGGCCGCUUGGCGCCAAGAUACUGGUGGACGAGCUGAGCAACACCUUCCUCAAAGCUGCUGACCAGAGCCUCUUCGAGUCGACGAAGACUCUAGAGGCUCUGGUGUCGACGUUGUCAACCUUUGAGACGACCGACCCCCGAGACACCAUCUACGCCUUUGUGAACAUUGCUAGGGAUACCUAUUCCGAGUCCGCUUCGAGGAUCUCACCGGCUGAGAUGGAAGUUCCGCCGCCGACGCCCGUUCACACGAAGGACCUCCUGGUAGUCUACACAGACUUCGUCCGGUAUGUAAUUGCGAGCAGCAAGUCUCUGGACAUCAUCUGCCGCCAAUGGGCUUUGACUGAAAGAAAGACCAAGACGGUCAUGUACGAUCAGCUGGUCGAGCUCCCGUCAUGGAUCAAGACGAAUGGUGACAGUUUUGUCGGUCUACCCAACGCCAGAUGCUACAAUGCCUCGCGCAGCAAGGAGCCAGUGGUUCGUUUUGGCAUGGUCCCGGAAUCAGAAGGUGUCCCCGGUUCAUCCUUGCUCAAUGGCAUCGAUGAAGGAACGCAGCGUACCGCCACAAAUCCUACUCACAGUCGAGACAACUCGCCAUCGAAUGAGUCACAGGCGAUGCAGCCAGGCCCAUGA